GACAAAUGACUCAAAGUAAAUACAUGUGCGCGUAUAACCUAGUAGCACAUUUUCUCUUUGAAUUAGGUGUCUAAAAGACCGAAUGAGACAAGAUCGGUUGACGGCACGAUUAAACAUCUUAAUAAAAAAAAAAUUCUCUCUGAAUUAAUAAUCUUUGUUAUAGAUUUGACAAGUAUUUAAGUGCGAUAAAAAUGAUUGACUCACCGCCGGAAAAAAUCAAUGAAAGCGUGCUGAAAUUGAUAAACAACAUUCAUUACGGAGAUGUCAAAGGCACAUAUAACAUCGUAUUAGCUACUAUUUCCGUGUUGAAAGAGAUCAUCAACAAUACAGAAUGGAAUACAGCAAAAGAUUUAAUGGAUAGUAUCACACUGAAUGGAAAGUAUUUGAUCGAGGCUCUUCCUCUUGAGGCUUCUAUUGGAAAUAUGGUAAGAAGAACACUACAGAUUAUUAGGGAAGAAUAUAUUUUGGAAUUAAAAAACAAGACAGAAGAAACAGAUCCUCAAGAGUCCUUGCAUAAGAUCCUCACUGCAGAAAAUGAUCAACAAAUAGAUUUUAAUACCUCAGUGCCUUCUCUAAAAUCUGCUCUUCUUGAGCACAUUGUUGAAUUUGAAACAGAAUUGGAAACGUGCUUAGAAAAUAUUACAGAGCAGGCCUCAGAACAUAUACACUCAAAUGAAAUUAUAAUGACUAUUGGGAAAUCAAAGUUGGUAGAGGAGUUUUUCAAGAAAGCCGCCAGUACUAGAGCCUUCGAUGUUAUAGUAGCCGAGGGUGGGCCGUUUUUAAACGGUCACGAAAUGGCAGUGAAUCUGGCCAAGGCGAAGAUCAAGACUACAUUGAUAUCGGACGUGGCGAUUUUCGCAAUGAUGUCGCGAGUUAAUAAAGUCAUAAUAGGCACUCACACCGUUAUGGCAAAUGGUGGACUUCGAGCAAUCUCUGGAGUGCAUACAGUAGCGCAAGCCGCCAAGCAUUAUUCCGUUCCAGUGAUGGUUUUGUUACCACUUUACAAGCUCUCACCCCUUUAUCACAGUUCAUAUAAACAGAACGGCUUCAACAAACACGUUUCACCAAUGCAGGGCGUAAUCGACAGCGCUAAUACACAAUUACUUGAGAAAGUACACGCGUAUAAUCCCGUAUUCGAUUACGUUCCACCAGAUUUAGUCACAUUAUUUAUCUCAAACACAGGCGGAAAUGCACCAUCUUACAUAUAUAGAUUGCUUAGUGAAUUGUAUCAUCCUGAUGAUUAUGAAUUGUAAAUAUCUAAACCUUUAUGUAAACCAAUAUGACCUAAAUAUGUAUACAAUAUGACCUAAAUAUAUGUAAUAUGACCUAAAUAUGUAUACCUAAAUAUAUAUACAAAUGUUUAU